UUUUCUUUGGUUUCCUUUAUCAAGGCAGAUAAGUCAGGAUUGGGCAACACCCCCACUGCCACAAUAGAGGACAACAAGAUUUCCUCUGCACUGCCUAGUAAAUUUCCUUUUUCCUACUCCAACCAUCCGCAAGGCUUAAAAACUUCAAACUCAGAAAAAAAUUGGGGUUUCUAAAUUCACUGUUGAGUGCUGUGGAUGACUUUUGCAAAGGCUUUUUGGAGCUCGUCUGAAUUUUCGUAUUCUUUAACUAUCCCUAGCGGUGCGUGGAUGUGUGAUCUGCUGGAAGGCAAUGGACUCGGAGAGGUUGGAGGGCAGGGUCGGAGAAAAAGAUGGGCUGGUAAAUGUUGAUCUUCUGGAUGCUCUUGAAUGACUCCUUAGCCUCAGGGGUGCCAGCCAGCCCCAGUGGAAAAGAAGAGAUACCUGGCGAGUGGCGGCUGGUCUUGGGACACGAAAAUGUUGACUUGGUUUUUGGAUCCUUCAUGCUGACAGUGGAGUGGUCUCAUAACUCAAAUGGUGGUAAUUCGGUUUAUUGGGUGACAUAGUUAUCUUUAAUAAAAUACUACUCCUCUGUGCGCUGAAGCGUUAUCGGUUGUGAGCGAGGACCAGUCAUUGUUUGAGUGUGCCUACGGGACGCCACACCUGACCAAGACAGACAUGACCGCGUCCUCCUCCGGCGACUAUGGACAGACAUCCAAGAUGAGCCCCCGCGUCCCUCAGCAAGACUGGCUGUCUCAACCCCCAGCCAGGGUCACCAUCAAGAUGGAAUGUAACCCUAACCAGGUGAACGGCUCAAGGAACUCCCCGGAUGAAUGCAGCAUGGCAAAAGGCGGGAAGAUGGUGGGCAGCCCAGACACUGUGGGCAUGAAUUAUGGCAGCUACAUGGAGGAGAAGCACAUGCCGCCCCCAAACAUGACCACGAACGAGCGCAGAGUCAUCGUCCCGGCAGAUCCUACGCUGUGGAGUACAGACCAUGUCCGGCAGUGGCUGGAGUGGGCAGUGAAAGAAUACGGCCUUCCAGACGUCGACGUCUUGCUGUUCCAGAACAUCGACGGGAAGGAACUGUGCAAGAUGACCAAGGACGACUUCCAGAGGCUCACCCCAAGCUACAACGCUGACAUCCUUCUCUCGCACCUGCACUACCUCAGAGAGACGCCUCUUCCACAUUUGACUUCAGAUGAUGUUGAUAAAGCCUUACAAAACUCUCCACGGUUAAUGCAUGCUAGAAACACAGGGGGUGCAGCUUUUAUAUUCCCAAAUACUUCAGUAUAUCCUGAAGCUACGCAAAGAAUUACAACUAGGCCAGAUUUACCUUAUGACCCACCCAGGAGAUCAGCCUGGACUAGUCACGGCCACCCCACCCCCCAGUCGAAAGCUGCUCAACCGUCUCCUUCCGCAGUGCCCAAAACCGAAGACCAGCGUCCUCAGCUAGAUCCUUAUCAGAUUCUUGGACCAACAAGUAGCCGCCUUGCAAACCCAGGGAGUGGACAGAUCCAGCUUUGGCAGUUUCUCCUGGAGCUCCUCUCAGAUAGCUCAAACUCCAACUGCAUCACCUGGGAAGGCACCAAUGGGGAAUUCAAGAUGACCGAUCCUGACGAGGUUGCCCGGCGCUGGGGAGAACGGAAAAGCAAACCCAAUAUGAACUACGAUAAACUCAGCCGUGCCCUCCGUUACUACUAUGACAAAAAUAUCAUGACCAAAGUCCACGGGAAGCGCUAUGCCUACAAGUUUGACUUCCACGGGAUCGCCCAGGCCCUGCAGCCCCACCCUCCAGAAUCAUCUCUGUACAAGUACCCCUCGGACCUCCCUUACAUGGGCUCCUAUCACGCCCACCCACAGAAGAUGAACUUUGUGGCCCCCCACCCUCCGGCCCUCCCUGUGACAUCGUCCAGUUUUUUCGCCGCCCCAAACCCCUACUGGAAUUCGCCAACUGGAGGUAUAUACCCCAACACUAGGCUUCCCGCCAGCCAUAUGCCUUCUCAUCUGGGCACUUACUACUAGAGCCAGGAGGGAGGCCUUUCCCAACAGCAUACGAUCACCAAGAAAUUGCUACAAACUCUAUUGGAGAACAUGAAUCAAAAGUGCCUCAAGAGGAAUGAAAUCGCCUGACUGGCUCUAGGGGAAGGAAUCCAGGGGAGAGAUCCAAAGACUCUUAGUGGGAGGGAAUUACUAAAGUAUUACUACAGGAAUAAAGAGGAUGCUACAAAUGUAAUGGAUAUGGACAUACCAUGUAAAAGACAUUGUAAGUAGAAGCAUGACGUCACAAGGACAAAGUGCCAAAGAAAGUGUUCUUAAGAAGUGUCCAAACUUCUGAGGAGAGUUUGAGGUCCUGCUAAUGCCAAGGGGGGAGGAGAAUAAAGUGAUAGUCGUAACGCAGUCUUGACCUAAUGUACCAUCGAAAUGUCAUUUUAAGGAAAACUACCUGUAUUUAAAAAUAGAAACAUAUCAAAAAUAAAAAAAAAAGAGAAAGAGAAGAGAGAGACUGCAGCCCAUCGACCAACGGCCACAUGGAACUCAGCAGCACUUGCUGUUUUUGGGUGAAGUCAGAUUCUUUACAUUGAGUGGAGAGCCACCGGCUCUCGCUAGCUGUGAAGACGACCCAAGGCUGCCAACUUACUCCUUGACAGUAUUGUGGAACUGUGAACCUGGUGGGGCGGUGGGGCUGAGAACGUGUGCGGACAGUGAGCGUGUGGGUGUAGACAGAGGGCUGGAGGAGGUAGAAGAGGAGGGAGCACAGGAAGAGGAGGCCACGGGGCUGGGAGAGACCCUUGUCAAGCAGUAGAGACUGGACUUAGGACAGUGCGGAGACUUGGAGAAACGAGUGGAGGACACGUGUGGGUUAAUCGGUCAGUGUUCUACCAAACGCAGCGUUAAGAAGAAGAGUACCGCGCAGCGGAGGAAGGGGGGGGGGAGUAGUAGAAUUCAGAAACAAAAAUAUGCAUCUCUCUUUUUUUUUUGUUUGUUUGUUUGUCAAAAGAAAAUUUUAACUGGAAUUGUCUGAUAUUUAAAAGAAACAUUCGGGACCUCAUCGUGAGGUGGGGGCUCUGGUCCCCACAGGGUCAGGUGAGAGGUAGCCUUCUUCGUAGCUGCCAUCGAAACCACCUAGGCAUUUGGGUUAAGCAGAGGCUCCGGUUUCCCUUCGAGUCGCGAACGCUGUGCGUUUGUCAGAAUGAAGUAUACAAGUCAAUGUUUGUUUUUUUUUUCUUUUUAUAUAAUAAUUAUAUAACUUAUGCAUUUAUACACUACGAGUUGAUCUCGGCCAGCCAAAGAUACACGACAAAAGAGACAAUCAAUGAUAGAAUGUGGCCUUGAAUUUUAACUCUGUAUGCUUAAUGUUUACAAUAUGAAGUUAUUAGUUCUUAGGAUGCAGAAUGUAUGUAAUAAAACAAGCUUGGCCUAGCAUGGCAAAUCAGAUUUAUGCAGGAGUCUGCAUUUGCACCUUUUUUUUUUUUUUUUUAGCGACUAAAGUUGCCCAACAGAAAUGUGUGCUGAGCUUUUGGGUUUUGUGCUAGAAUUUUGUUUUGUCCAGGAACUCAUGCAAGUGAGAGCCAAGCCAAUGGGGUAUUUGGUGUCCAAAUGGCGCUGGCCUCUACAGGCCCUUCUUGCUCACUCUCUUAUUCCUAGCUACUUCUGGAGCAGAAGGACCAAAGGUUUCACACUGGAACCUCCGUAUUUGUGCCCAGAAUGGAAAGGGGCCUCUAAAGCCAAGGUUGUGACAAAUUCCAUAUAAGCGCCUGGUCACAGAAUCACCCUUAAUUCCUGCUGUGAUCAUAAUACAUUUGUUGAACGGCAAACAAGCCUUAAUGCAAACUGUAUUCUUGUUGAUGAAUAAAGCGUCACGGAGAGCCACAAUUUCUCACUCUAAAGAAACAAGGGACAGCUUCUAAAUUUUCCAUGUGCCUUCCCUUUCAGAGGACCUCGCCAGGUCUUCCCACACCAGGAUGACCUGGGUGUCGUGGUUGGGGACUCGCCAGCCCUAAGCCUGACACGUCACCAGACACUGUGUCUAUGAUCUCAAGUCGAUUUCCCUUGACAUCUUUUCUCUUCUGUGCAUCACAAAUGCCUCCAACCUUGGCCAAGGUGAAGGCAGUUUGAGCGGUGGGAUACAAAGCAAGUGAGAGACAGCGACAUUGAACAACUUCUUAGCCUGAGUCAGUUUCUGAAUUGGCCCAUUUCAUAGCUGUUUUGGGGCUUGUUUUGCACUUUGUAAUCCUUUUGCUAUGAUUAAAUCAAGUUGCCAAA